CCAGCGCAGCCCAGGUGGCUUUGCUAUGGAGUAAGGGACCGGUCCUCCCCGGGCAGGAUUUUAAAAAUAAAGCAAGCAUGCUAACAUUGACUAAGACAACAAGAGUUUUUUCUAAACCAUCAAAAAGGAGAGUUCAUGAAAUUUUAAGAUGUCUGGAUUCUCUUGGAAAAUGCUUUUUGCAUAGAGUAGUACUGGGAAUUGAGACGAGUUGUGAUGAUACAGCAGCUGCUGUGGUGGAUGACACUGGACAGGUACUGGGGGAAGCAAUACAUUCCCAAACAGAAGUUCAUUUAAAAACAGGUGGGAUUGUGCCUCCAGUAGCUCAGCAGCUUCACAGAGAAAACAUUGAACGGAUAGUACAACAAGCCCUCUUGGCCAGCAAAAUCUCUCCCACUGAACUCUCAGCAAUCGCAACUACCAUAAAGCCAGGACUUGCUUUAAGCUUGGGAGUUGGCCUGACAUUUAGCGUACAGCUGGUCAACCAGUUUAAAAAGCCCUUCAUUCCCAUUCAUCAUAUGGAGGCUCAUGCACUCACUAUUAGGUUGACCAACAAAGUAGAAUUUCCCUUUUUAGUACUUUUGAUUUCUGGAGGUCAUUGCCUUUUAGCAUUAGUUAGAGGAGUUUCUGACUUUCUGCUUCUUGGAAAGUCUUUGGACAUAGCACCAGGCGACAUGCUUGACAAGGUAGCAAGAAGACUUUCUUUAAUCAAACACCCAGAGUGCUCCACCAUGAGUGGUGGGAAAGCCAUAGAAUUUUUGGCUAAACGAGGAAACAGACUGCACUUCGAUCUCAGGCCUCCGAUGCAACGUGCUAAAAAUUGUGACUUUUCUUUCACUGGGCUUCAACACAUCACUGAUAAAAUAAUAAUGCAGAAAGAGAGAGAGGAAGGCAUCGAGAAGGGUCAGGUCCUGUCAUCAGCCGCAGACAUCGCUGCUGCAGUGCAGCACACAGUUGCCUGCCACAUUGCCAAGAGGACACACCGUGCCCUUCUGUUCUGCCAGCAGAGAGACUUGUUACCUCGGAACAACGCUAUCCUGGUGGUAUCUGGAGGUGUUGCAAGUAACUUUUACAUCCGAAAAGCUCUGGAAAUCAUAACAAAUGCAACACAAUGCACUUUGCUGUGUCCCCCUCCCAGGCUAUGUACUGAUAAUGGAGUUAUGAUCGCAUGGAAUGGCAUUGAAAGAUUGCGUGCUGGCUUGGGCAUUUUACAUGAAGUGAAAGACAUCCGUUAUGAACCAAAAUGUCCUCUUGGAAUAGAUAUAUCAAAAGAAGUCGGAGAAGCAGCCAUAAAAGUACCAAGCUUAAAAAUGAACAUUUGAUUUUGUGUUUUCAGAAAAACCAUAAAGUCCCCAGGUACUGCGUAGAUGCUGAGAGCGUGUUUGCACUGACAUCUGCCCGACACACAGAGACCGAGACUUGUGACAGACUAGUGUAAAUUUCCACAAUCCGGUGUGCUGAGUGGACCAGAGAAUUGUUCCCUCUGCCCUGCACUAAAGAGAAAACGGCCUCAACCUCCAGGGACUAGGCGGACACUAAGUACUGCAAGGAGGCUGUUGUGUUCAUGUAACUGCUGUACAACACCCUUCUUAUACUCUCUUAGGGCAAGUGGGAAACUAUAGGGUCUUAAUACAGUGCUAGAAUACCCCAUAAAGGCCCAACUAAACAGAAAGACCUAGGUCUAACCCUACCUAUCCCACUGAAGCAUCCUUACUUGCUAAAGGAAAGUCAGAGUAACAGAGGCAUAA